AUGAAUACCGAGUCGGCUGAUCUGGAGGACACGCAUUUGUGCAUCAAGUGCAAUGCGACAAUUGUGGGUCUGAACAAGUAUAUUGAGCACCGUAAACGGAGUUGCCUCAGCACUGGCGGCAAUGAGCACCUGUCGAAGCAGGUGGUGACUCCGGCAACGACGUCGGCUGCCACCGAACAAGUAUCGCACUCAGACAUGCGUCGCAGCAACUUGGACCACACCUAUGAUGGCUUCCACUUUACAGAGCCGGAGGCACCCAGCAGUUAUCUGCGCAAAACGGCCUCCAGUCAUGGCGGAAAGACAUCCAAGUCCCUAACGGAUUCCUAUGAUCCGACGUACGAGCUGGGUGCCGAUCUGUUCUUCUCAUCGCUGCAGCUACAAAGUGUCUCAACUGGCGGCAAGACAGGCGCACGGCCGGAGCGUGGCGCUAAGGAGGAGCAGAGCUGGCAUACAUCCAGCAACUGCUCCGAUCCGCUACUGAAAUUGGUCCGGGAACACGAAGUAACCCACUUUAAGUCACUCAAAUUUGUGCACUCGCCAGAGGCAAGCGAGGAGGAAGACGACGACGAGGACUUCGAAGGCGAUGAUGAUGAACAUGAGCAUGAGCAUGAACAGGAACAUGAUCCCGAUCCUGAUCCUGAGCCUGAUGAGGAUUACGAUGGGCGUCGCCAUUCGCCGCCGACGGUGCCAGCCACACAUACUGGUGGCAAAUGGAAGCCAGAGCACCGUCCGCAAAUGCAACACACUCACCUCGAACGCAUCUCGCCCAGCUGGGAUGAGCCGCCCGAGGAACAACACGAUCAUCCGCCGGCGGAGCACACGCACGGCAAAUGGGUACCGGGCAGCAAGCAGCUGGAGUAUCGCGAGAACAUCGAUCUGACCAAGUUGCAGCAGCCAGGCGCCAGCUACUGGUGCAACAUCUGCUGUCGCCGCCUCAAGACGCGCCUCAACUACGAGCAGCAUCUGCGCAGCGCCUACCAUCAGCGACGCGCCGAUGCCGAGCGUCAGCUGGAGCAGGCCAAUCUCCCAAGCGCCAAUCUAACACUCACCAACAAAGACUUCUCACAGAUGCCGCCGACGGAGCAGCUGCCGCGGCGUCGCCGUCGCCGUGCCCACUUUCUGCGCUGCGAUCUGUGCCGGCACAGCAUGGCUCGUCAUCUGAUGGGCAAGCAUCUCAUCUCGCACUAUCACUAUCGCCGGCUGCAGCAGCAGCAACCGAACCAACUGCGCCGACAGAGCGCCCUGCAUGACAUCCUGGAGCACAUGGGCAGCAUUGUGAGACAGGCGCCAUUCCAGUGUCUGCCCUGUCGCUUCUAUGCCAACACUGAGCAAUCUUUUCAGCUCCAUUGGCGCUCCUCGACGCACGUGACGCUGACGGAGCGACUUGGUGGCAGCUUCUGGUGCAGCUACUGCCAGUUCGAGUGUGCCAGCAAUGAGGAGAUGUGGCAACAUUUGCUGGGCGCCACGCACAAGGAGGUGCUCUUUGCGAUCAAUCGUUCGGUGCCCGUUUGCAUUGCCCAGCGUCGUCCACUGAGCUGUUCCAGCUGCAGCGCCAGUUUCCUGUACAAUGCGCAGCUGCGUCGUCACCUCGCCUCGGAGCAUGUGGAAUUGGUGGCAGCGGGCAGCGCUGCCGAUGACUAUCAGUGUCGCUUUCGCUGUGGCAUUUGUGGCGUUGCGCAGAGAUCUCGAGUGGCGCUGCAGCGGCACGAGAAGCACCAGCAUCGAUUGGCCAAAUACUAUUGUGCCGUUUGUCGGCUGGAGUUCGAGACGCCGCUGGAGGCGCGACGCCAUCGCAGCCUGAUGCAGCACAAGCGGCGAGCUUGCCGCCAACUGAGCCGCAAAUGCAGCAGCAGCAUCAGCAGUAAUCAGCCGGAUCGCGAGAUUCAACACAUGCUACACGAGGUGCUGGAGGAGCAGCAGCCAGCAGCAGCAGGUGAACAGCCAUCAACCUUUAGUUCCAAGAGGCGACGCCUGACCAGCCAGUGUGUCAGCUGUCCGCUCAGCUUUGAGACGCCUCAGGCACUCGUCCAGCAUCGUCGCGAAUUGCAUCCGGUGGACAAUCAUGCCUGUCUCAGCUGUGGGAGUAGCUUUCAAUCCGCCCAGGCUCUGGGCAGACACACACGCUGCUGCCAACCCACAGCGUCCACCUCGACAGCUGUUGCUGCUCCUGCUUCAGCUCCAGCUCCAGCUGCAGCUGCAACAACUGAAUCAAAGUCCUGGAACUGUGCGCAGUGCAGUUUCACAGCUCAAUAUGAAUCGGAUUUGCUCUACCAUCGCUUCUUUCACACCCACGGCUCGGCAAUUGGCAAGAAUGAGCUGCUCCAGUGUCCGCUGUGCCCCAAACAGUUUCGCAAGCACUCACUGCGUCCCCAUCUGCGCAAUCAUACGGACGAAAGGAUCUUCGAGUGUGUCGAGUGCUCGGCCAAGUUUGCCCGCAGACACAACCUCAAGAAUCACAUCGCAACAGUGCAUGUCCAAAAGGAGAAGCCAUCGCCAGCCGCUGAUAAGUCAACAGUCCAACAAUCGAAAGUGGUUGCAAAGCAGAAAUAUCAAUGUGGAACCUGUGGCAAAAUACUGGCUAAAAAAUACUCACUGAAACUACACGAAAUGAGCCACGCUGAGGUGGAGCGUCAGCAUCGUUGCCACAUCGAGGAUUGCCAGUAUGCUGGUCUCACGCCGGAGGCACUCAAAAUCCAUCUAAUCUCACAUGCGAAUGGAAGUCACAAAUGUGAACACGACAACUGUCAAUAUGUGGGCAAAAGUGAGCUGCACUUGAAGAGGCACCUCAAGUCGCAUGUGCCCGAAAAGGAGCUGAUCGAGGAUGGCAAAUGGUUGCCGUGCGAUCAGUGCGAGUUCAGGGCCCGAAUCAGGGGACAUCUGAGGCGGCAUAUGCGUAGCCACACUGGCGAGAAACCCCAUCAGUGUCCGCACUGUGACUUCCAGUGCAGCAGCAUGGAUAAUCUGCGCAAGCACAUCGUCAAAACGGGCAAGCAUCCGGGCAAGUUCAUCUACGAGUGUUCGUCCUGCGACACCUUCAAGAGCAACAGUUUCAAGGAUCACCGACUACACUUGGCCACGCAUAAAAAUAAAUUGCCCUAACGCAAUUGAUGAAGCUUUCUUGCUGAAUCUUGAAAUAUAACUUCCAAAAUUUAUACUUGAUUUUUUUGCGUGUACUACUAUUUU